AUGUCCAACACCAUCACAGAACUGGAGCGGGAAAAGGUGAACCUUAAGGAACAGGUAAGGUAUUAUAAAGGUAUUGAUAAUCAGAGACCUGAUAAUAAUGUUUUUUCCAGACGAAUUGAUGAGUUGAAAGAGGAAGUAGCAUUUUGGCAAGGUCAGUAUUUGGAGUGUCAGGAGCAGAUGGAAGCCUUUUUGAACCAGCGUGAAAUUGUUACCUUUCAUGAUGGUAGGUAUACAGACAUCAUAAGAGAAGUCUACAUGGAGCUGAUGUGUAUGAGAGUUGGAGCCAAGAAUGUUCCGAAGAUCAUUAAGACUGUUAUGGAGAAGAUGACUGGUAUGACGCCGCAACGACUACCUGGAUCGACAUUUGCCAAGUACAUGCUGUUGGAGGCUAGGAGUGUAGCUCUCGUUCACUUGAAGGAAGAGAUACAAUCAUCAGAAGGUAAUAUAACUGUAGGGCCUGAUGGCACCACUAAAUUUGGGCAUCAUUAUGGUGCAAUUUCAAUUUCUCUAUCAGGUAAAACCAUGUGCAUGGGAAUGCGUGAUAUGGCAUGUGGAGAUGCAGAAGCGUAUCGGAAGUUACUGGAGGGCAUCAUUACUGAGAUGACAGGCGAUGACAAUGACCAGGUAAGACAGGUAACAGUAAAGAUAAAGAACACAGUUAGCGACCAGGCCAGUGUCAACAAGAAGUUCGUUACCUUACUGUCAGAAUGGAGAGAGAAAGCCUUACCACAUGUUGUUGAGAACUGGAACACCCUUACUGCAGUACAGAGAGAGAGGUAUGUUACCAUUAAUUACUUCUUUUGUGGUCUUCAUUUCUUAGUAGGUCUGUCCGAGCAGGCGAACAAGACUCUUUCUUUGUGGGAGAGUCUUGUUCACUCUGGUGAGAAGGUUGGAGCCCCUACACUACCAGGAGGAUACAGUAUACCAGGUGAAUCAGGUACAACGAGAAUGGUACGGACAGUAUGUAAGGCAGUGCAGGAUCGUGGAUGUGAAAAAGCAGGGAAACCAGUACAGUCAUGGGACUUUUUACAGACUCAAGGGCAGGUAAAGGAAGUGCCACUAGCUUCCUUUAAAGGUAAUAGAUUUAAUAUCUUAUUUCAUAAUGCUGCAGGAGUUUAUUAUCUACUUAAUGAUCUUCUGUCCUUUGCAGAGGAGCAUAAAAUAGAUAAUAGACUCUUUACAGCAGUGAACGCUGAUCUCCGUAUUUUGUCUUUUCAAGCUGGAGCCAGAGCACUAGGUAUAGUAUCCAAAAUGGUGACAGGGCCAAUGUGGAGAUUUAUGGAGGAGAAUGGACAUGUGAGUGAGUUGACCCCAUUGUACCAGCAGCUGUACGACGCCUUCAAGAGAUUGUCCACCGACGCUUCAACCCUGAUGAAAGGAGAGGAAUUCAUCUUUGGUGAGGAGACAGUCCAGAAGGAUAAAGUAUUCGAUAAAUUGGUAAGUCCUUCCCCACAGUUAGACAACCUUACACAACAGAUUUUAGAGCUUUUGUUUUCAUCUUUCAAGGUUGUUUGUAGCAGACAGUUGAAAGACCACAUUGAGGGAGGUAAGUAUGCUACAGGUUGGUCACCAGAGCUUCUGGAGGAGUCGGCGACAGUUCCCAGGACGAAUGUUGGACCUGAAAGGAUCUUCUCCCAGUUAGACAGCCUCAUAAGAGUCAUGCCGAGAGCCACCACCAACGCCAUGGAGGGGAUCACCAUGUGGACACAGAACCAUACAGCGAACUGGUUAGGAAGCUUGGAUGAAGCACAUCGUGAACAGGUUCUCCGCCAGGCCAGGGAAGACUCUAGGGAACAACGCCAGAGGUACGUAGAGAGGUUAGCAGACAUUCGCCAGCAACGCCAGGAAGCACUCGCCAUGAAGAGAGAGAAGAAAGAGGCAAAGGAACAGCGCGAUCGGGCAAAGAAAGAGGAACUCACACAGAAGCUACAGGAAGUAGGAGGUUUGUGGAAGACACCAAGUGAGAUUGACAGACAGUUACUUUCCCUACAGAGCGAACAGCGAGUUAAAGCCUUACAGACUCAGUUGACAUUUAGGCGGUAUGUAUUGGGUACUCCUAACACAGGUAAGAUCCUUAAUGUGAUGGCAGGCGGUAAGUAUCUGAGUGCAGAGAAACUGACAGCCAAUCUGAAGUGUGUGCUACGCCAGGCAGAAGAUGAGAGAGAGGAAAGACAAGCAGUGCAACAAGUAAGUGGUCAGGCUAACCCCCUUUCUAGUCUUUCUCUUCAGGCAGAGAAGGAGAAGUUUCAGAAACUUGCAGAAGAAGAAAGGCAGAGAAACACAGAGGCUCCAAAGAAAAGGCAGAAGACACAAGGUGGUACACGUAGUAGUAGGGCAGUUCCAAACACACCAGCACCUGACAAACCUGAAGAUCUGAUUGGUAAGAGAGUUCAGCACUUGAUAGAGGAAUUUGAUGGAUCCAGCAAAUGGUACUAUGGUAUAAUUACAGGUUUAAAGGUAAGGCGUGGUAAGUAUAUGUACACCUUAGUUUAUGAUGGUGAGACCGAGACUUUCAGCUUCCCUUUGCUAGACGACAUGGAGAAGGAUGAGUUGAGGAUUGUGCCCCUGGAUCCAGCAUUUAUUGAAGGUAGACGAGUGGAUCACAGAUUUUGUCGAGAGGCUGAUGGGGAGGAGUUUUGGUAUACAGGGACUGUCACAGGGCACGAUGCAGAUACAGGGUUGUCAACUAUUGCAUACGACUUUGAGGAUGGUGAUGGUGAUGAUGACGAUGAUGAUGACAACAGCAAUGUUUUCGAGGAGCCUGUUAUAGAGGAUUACAAGAAUGGAGAUGUGAGGAUUUAAUUGUAGGAAACUUUUUUUUUCAGCCAGAUUAAUGGUUGUUUUCUUUUCUUUUCUUUCAGCACUAAUUCUCUUUUGUUUUCUUUUAGGUUCUUAACACAAUUUUCUUCUUUUGUAGACUUUUAUCCAGGGAUUUUUUUCUUUUUUUCCAGGUACUAAUUUUCAUUUAUUUUGUAGAUUGGUUGCAGUAAAGUGUUUCGAACGCAGAAAAAUUAUUUAAAUUGAACUAUAUUGAGUUUUGUUUUAAAAUUUGGCCAUGCUUACAUUUUGUCAUCAAGCGUUCCUGAUGACGGUUAAUCCAGAAAACCACUUUGUCAGCAGCCAAUCUCAAAUAA